AUUUGAAUUGAUUUAAAUAUUUACUUGUUUCGAAUUCAUUUCAAGGUAUUCUACACGAAAUACAACAUUUUCCCUAAUUCUAAUCGCUAAUUGUUAUCAUCGUUGUACACGAUUCUACUGUAAUAAUCUACUGAUGAUGUCAUUUUAUUCUGUAAUUAUCAAAAUAGCUAUUAUUUAAUCGUCGAUAUAAGAUUAUUGAAGAAAAUAACUUUGAAAUAUUUUACAUCUUGACGAGAAUUGGUAUUCUAUUUCUCAAACAAAAUGUCAGCAUUGGUUAACCACUUGGUUAGAAAAUUCUUGUCUCCCGAAGAAAGGUGCUAUUAUUCUCUAAUUGUUCUUGUAAUUAGUUCUUGUACAAAUCAUUGUUCAUCGAUUGACCAAAAAAGUUGAUAUAUUUGUAUGAAUUAAUGUCUACUUUGUAGAGACGACUCCCUGUUAAUUAUUAUGCUAAUAGAAUUAUGCAGUUACAGUGACAAAAAAAAAAUAAUAAUUUUGUUUGAGAAAGAAGCAAAUAUUAUAAAGAUAUAUAUUUAUUUUUAUCAUAUAAAAAAUGAUUAACGUUGCAAAAAUCUGAAUUUUGUUACCGACUGUAAAAUGUGUGCCGCCAUCUAGCGGUACGAGUUAUUACUUUAUUUUACCGACCGGUAAAAUAUGUGUCGCCAUCUAAUCAGAAAAGUACGUACUACUUAUUACUUGAAAUAAAUAUUUUACAUAAAUUUAUUUAAUGAAUACUUUCAUGUUUUACGUGUAUGUAUGUUCUCUCUCUCUCUCUCUCUCUUUCGUUAUGCUGUUACAGGACACGUCAUACUAUUAAAAAAACAGAUUGUAAAUACAUCCGAUUCCCAUCAUAUCUGCUGAGUACUUGGAAAAAUUUCCUGGUAUUAAAAAGACAAUCAUAAGACUUUCAAUGGAUUAUCACACACAUCAGCAGCUUCAAAACAACGUACUAGAUUUUCAAUUGACUUUUUAUAUAAAUUGAAAAAUAUCUAUCUUCAAAAUCAAACACACACACACACAUUAAAGUAUUGUAAAAGAAAUAUGGUAUAGUAUUAUAAAAGAAGAUAUUAAUUCAUUCAUACAAAUUGAAGUUGGUGAAUAAUACUUCCGAUGAAUAAUACAUUUUUGCCUUUGAUUAUUGCUGUUUCAAAUUGAACAAUUUCAUUGUCCCACCAUAUAUAUAUAUAUACUUCAUUUUGAGAUGCUAUCGAUUGUUUUUUAUCAGAAACAGAUAAUUAUUUGCUUUAGUUGAUUUUUCGAAGUCAAAUCGAAAGCAUUUACUUGAUGAUACAAAACUUGAACGCUAUCAAAUAACUCCAAAGUGAUGUUUAUAAUAUGUGUUAUUUAAGAAGGUGUUAAACAAUCAACUAUACUAUAAAAAUCUUCAGAUCUGUCGAAGGAAAAAUAUUACAGUAAAAAGCGAUCUCUCUAUUAAAUACAUAAAUUCUUACUUUAGCGAGAAAGAUAAAGCAACCAGCAAGUUGCAUCGACCGUCACGACGAUCGAUGACAACGAUCGAUGACAAUGAUCGAACGUACAAAAUGUCAAGAAAUCAUUCUAAGAAAUAUAAAACGUUCAUCGCUUCGGAAAAAAGGAAUAUAAUGAAAAAUUUCAUAUCAUAUCGAUUUGAUCGAUAUCAAAAGUGUUCGUCGAGAUUAGUCAUCGCGGUGAACACGCGUCCUUGAAAAAUCAGGCAUGACUCGAAUGAAAAAGACGUCACCUCGUAGGUGUACGUCGAGGACAAUCGGAAAUAUAACGAGGUGAUGAAGGACAAGGAGCAAUGUAUUAUUAUUACUUUAAUCGUCUCGUCAUCAUUCAAUUCAAUAGAAAACAAAAGUCUAUAGUUAAUCGUUAACGAAUCAAACUAACAAGUUAGAAAUCGGAGAAGAAGUACAAUUUUUACGAUAUCAUUUAAAUGAUUUCCAAACAAUAUGCCAUAAAAUAUAUUAUUGAGGAUACUGUUCAAAGAAAAAACAGUUGAAAGGAAUAAUAUUAUAACUGUUUUUCUAAAACAACUGAACAACUUUGCUUUGAAAGGAAAUUAAAAAACCGUCGAAAGUACGGUGGGUAGUAUCGACAAUUAAUCCAGUUAAUAUUUAUUAUACAAAGAAAAAAGACAUAAUAGAUUAUGCAAAUGAAAACAACUUUUCAUUGGAAUGAAUUAAAUAGACGACAACUCUCCAAUUGAAAAGAUACAGGUAUAUACUAGCUAGAGAGAGUUGUCAUUUGACAAGAAAUUGUUCUGCCAUCAUAAAAUCGUCGACCGUUCGUUUGUUCGUUCGUUUGUUCGUUCGUUUGUUCGUUCUUUCAGUUCACACCUGUCGUUGGACUUGUAAAGGCCACCGCACGAACGAGAUAUUGAGAGCUCUCACACAUAUUCCAGUGGAAAGUUUCGUUUGAACUAGAACGCUUGCUUAGUUUGCUCUUCGAGAUACUCCGGAACGCAUCCCAACGCAACUGUCUUUGCCUCUUUGUUUCGAUCACGGAUAUAUAUAUAUAUUUAUUAUUAUUAUUAUUAUUAUUUGCGUGACAUUUGUGUAAUCAUUUGAAAUAUUUCUUCAACUCUUUUACAACCAAAGAUUGGACGUUUGUAACGGUACGACCAAAUAGAAAGUCCACUUUUGGAAGGUAAAAAGGGGGACCGGAAAGAUACCGGAGAACAUUAUUCGUAUUGUAUCGUUCGCAUACGAAGGAGAAACGAACAGGAUGUAAUAAGGAUAUCCGCAUUGAUUUGAAAGCUUCUCCUUUAACAAGAGAAGAUAUAUCCUACAGAAUACGAAAUUGAAUGGAACACACUCGUUGGAAGGAGAAACACGUAACACGAAUUACAGAAGCGAGAAUGCUCAUGGAGAAAGUGUGACAUUCUGUAAGAUAGAAGGACAGACACCGUGAUAAAAGUUCCUUCGGAGGUGACCGAAAAGAAGCAAAACUGUUCAAAGGAAGAUAUCAAAAUAAUACUUUUUAAUCGAAGAAAUGAAAAAAAUUAUUUGACAAACAAGUUGAAAAAUGUAAAUGAUGAAAAUAUGCUAAGGAUGUAAAGGAGUGUUAUCGUAGUAACACAUUAGUUGCUAACCAUAGGGGAACUUGAAAGCUUAUUUAAAAGGGCGCAACUAGUUUCUCGAGUGGCCCAUUUCUCUUAUCGCGAUAAACUUUGAAGAAUCGGUCCGGUGUGUCAGGGGAAACAAAGUGGUGAAAAAAGUGGUGAAAAAAGUGGUGAAAAAAGUGCUGAAAGAACUAGGGUGAAUCAAAAGUAUUGCGAUAUUUGAACGCGAUGAACGGAGAAAUCUCGACGCCGUCGACGCCGUCGUCGUCGUCGUCGUCGUCGUCGACGGCGACGUCGGCGUCGAUAUGGUCGUCAUCAUCGUCAACAUCUUUACCCUCCUCUAUCAUAAUCUUUUCUUUAUCCUUCUCCUUCUCUCACUUUUUUGCCACCAUCUCUACUUUAACUACCACUACCAGUACUUGACUAUUAUCAUCGUCUUCCGGCUGAUCGCAAGAACACCUACGAGGAAUAAUAAAAUGGACGUAGAACUGGUCACCCGAGCAUCCUUGACCUCUCUUCAGAACGUCGACGAUGGUCGUGUCGUUUCACCCAAUAGCCUCGACGAGUGGACUUGGUCCAGUUUAAGAAAACAAUUCAAAUAUAAAAACUUGGAAAAACUUUAUACCAUCUAUCAAAGAAGACUCCAAUAUGGUUACUUAUCCUUAUUCGUAUUGGUGGAAAUAAUUUUGGGAUUUAUCUAUUGUUUAGUGUUAAUCACGAUGGUAAACAUCGAAAAAUGCAUUCCAGACGUGAUAGUUCACAGUAUCAUAGGUGCAUUACUUUGUCCCACCAUAGCGCUAUCAUUCAGAUCAAAAAUCAUUGCGAGAAAUACGUAUUUGCCGGUUAUGCUCUCCUGUUUGGUAAUUACGCUGUUGGUGAUCGGUGAUCUGAUGGUACCACUUUAUUACACUCUUUUAUAUACCGAGGAUAUACCACCUAUACGACCUACGUAUGCAACUCACACGUUACUAGCAUGUUACGUCUUCCUACCAUUGACAGAAAAUCUACACGCAUUUGUACUGGGGAUUACAGCAACGAUGUGUUACUUGGUCACUCUUUUGCUCAUCACUUAUAGGAAUACACCUGAUUACAUUAGCAAAAUAACCAUUGAUGCUAUUUAUUACAUUUGCGUUAACGGCCUGGGUCUUUACUUUAGAUUUAUGAAUGAAGUCGUAAUAAGACGAUCAUUCCUUGAUCGUCGAAAAUGUGUCGAAACAACAUUGAAACUUAAUUAUGAGAAAGAUCAAGAGGAACAACUCACACGUAGCAUUCUUCCACAACAUAUAGCCGCAAGAAUAAAAAAGGACUUUAGGGAUAUUUUUAAAUUUAUGGAAGAACAUAAAAAGCCACCACCGAAAGGAGGAAGACCACGAAAUGAUCUUUGCGUUGAAACGCACAAUAACGUAUCCAUUUUAUACGCCGACGUGGUCAAUUUUUCUGGUUUGACUCUGUCAUUACCAGUACGGAAACUAGUCGAAACUCUGAACGACUUGUUUGGCAGUUUCGACGAAGCAUCAGAAAGGCAUAACGUACUACGAAUCAAGUUUUUAGGCGAUUGCUAUUAUUGCGUGAGCGGUGUACCCACGCCAAACUCGCAACAUGCCAAAAACUGCGUUGAUUUAGGCCUGGAUAUGAUAAAAAUAAUCAAAGAAGUAAGAAGCAGGGUUCGUCGUGAAAGUGGUGUGGACGUUAACAUGAGAAUCGGUGUUCAUUCGGGAAAUAUAAUAUCUGGAAUUUUAGGCGCGAAUAAAUGGCAAUACGACGUAUGGUCGCGAGACGUUGUCAUAGCGAAUAAAAUGGAACAAACUGGGAAACCUGGAAAGGUUCAUGUUACUCAACAAACAUUAGAUCUCAUUGAUGCUACCGGUUACAAUUGUGUACCGGUUGAAACGCUCAACGACGAAGUUCUUAAUAAAUAUGGAAUUCGUAGUUAUUUAAUUACACCCAGUGCGCCAGAAUUAUCAUUGAUGCAGAACAGCGAGAACACCUUGACGGUAAUUGCACCGGAUACCUCGGCAUCAAGCUAUAAACAUUACGUCAAAUUCUUAACACCGGCAAGACCAAGUGUAUCAUCGAGUGCACGAAGACGAUUAACCUCACCGAGUAACGAUCACGCAGAUGUCUUUGCCGGUAGUUACAGACGCAGAACUCACUUUAUGGAUUCUUGUUUGAGGGAUUAUCACUUGAUGCUUAAAGCGGCAGACGCAGAAAUGGAAGAUGCAAUUAAGCAGAUGCCGCUUAGCAAAUGGGACAAACGUGUUUCCAGGCAAUGGACCAGAUGGGAACAUAUCAAUCCAAUUUUCCUCAAUUACAAACAAUGGAAUUGGGAGAUACCAUUUUUACGUGAACCAGAUCCCUUGUUCAAAUUCUUUGUCGCGUGCGCUGUAUUUGUACUUUUUUUCAUGGCUCUUAUCUCUUUCGUACCAGCGAUCACGCUAUCAGAGUGGCAUACCGGCACGGCCAUAGGUUAUACGAUAGCUAUGUUGUUUCUAUUAACAUUGAUACCUCUUACAUGGAUGCAUUUUGCGUGGAAUCGUUACAAAGAUCCACACGAUGAAGGAAACGUUCCAAAUCCUCGCAAUAAAUUGAUAUCUUUCUUGUAUCAAACAAGCGUUAAGGUUGUUUGGAGUGCAUUGCUCAGGAUAAUUCUUUAUCUGGUAAUAACUAUAAUGUUAGCAGCAUGCGCUAUGUUCGACAUGAUUUUCGAAUGUCAAAACGUGGACCUAUUGUCGAGCGAUAAUGUAACAUCUAGUAUAGCACAAGUGGGUGCUGCUAAACUUGAGUGUAUUUCUACACCCUGGCAAAUGACGGAAACCUGUUCUUUGGCAAUCCUUACAAGUUUCCUAUUCUUGAGAGUGCAUUACGUUCUCAAGUUACUGAUAGGUAUCGUAGUAGUAACAUUUUAUGCAUGGAACGUUUGGAUAUACCGUAAUAAUAUAUUCCAGUCAGGUGAAACAUGGAAUCCAUAUUUGGAGCCAAGAGUAGCACACAUUUUAAGUGUUGUCUUUCUCACACUUUCACUGCAUCUUAUCGAUCGUCAGGCAGAAUACUUGAGCAGAUUGGACUAUCAAUGGAAACGACAAUUGACUUUGGAACAAGACGAAGCUUUUCAUACACGAAAUGCUAAUAAAUUAUUACUUCGGAAUAUUUUACCAGAACAUGUUGCGGAAUUUUACUUAAAUAUGGAUAGAACAGAAGGAAAUGAACCGUACCAUCGAGCACACCGCAAUGUUGCCGUAAUGUUUGCAUCCUUAACGGAUUUAUCGAUCGACGAAAGUAACAUUUUGAUUGAUCUCAACGACAUCAUAUGCAAGUUCGAUAAAUUGUUAUUCGAGCCGUAUUACGUUGGUCGUAUAGAGAAAAUCAAAAUCGCAGGAACAACAUAUAUGGCGGCUUGUGGUCUUGAAGCGAGUCGUCGUGAUUCUAUGCACAGUGUAGAAAGUGAAGACAAUUCUAGCAACAAUGUAGUCAAAGUUAUGGCAGAAUUUGCAGCGCAAAUGAUGGUCGUCCUAGAUAGAAUCAAUGCUGAAUCUAAUUCUAAACCAUAUAGGUUGAGAAUUGGCAUAUCGCAUGGAGAAGUUUCAGCUGGUGUUGUCGGAGCUCAAAAACCUCUUUACGAUAUUUGGGGAGACGCCGUUAAUAUGGCAUCAAGAAUGGAUACUACUGGAUUGCCAGGCAAAAUACAGGUAACUGCUGAAACUGCUAAUGUAUUAGAACAACAAGGUGUUAAAUGUCAUUUGCGCGGUGAAACAUGGGUUAAACCAAAGGGAUAUGUCACGACAUAUUUCAUAGGUAUAGAUGAAAGGAGGCAGCUUCAAAGAGCAGAUUCCAUAGAAGAAACUAGUCUCUAACCAAUGAGUUAAAUGAAAUUAUUUGAUAGAAUUCAUUUAUAGUGAUUUUAAUGUUCACUUCAAUAUUUGGGUACUUGAAGAAUGAAAUAUCAAAAGCGCACAAAAAAACAAAAACAAAAACAAAAAAAUCAUAAUACACACAGUGGGACAAACACCAAAGAAAGCUCAGGAAGAAUGAAACAUAGCACAAAUAAUUAAAGAAUAGAGAACUUACUUUUGAUUUUUAUUUAUAUCAAUUGAUUGUGCAAUUCCUCAUCUCAUUCUUUAAGUGGAUUUCUACCAUCUACCCCAAUUAUAGCUAUUCUAAAUGUUUAAACAAAUCCUAACACAUAAAUAGUUUUACCUAUUAUUAUUAUUAUUAUUAUUAUUGUUUUGUUUCUUUAUAUUUAUACAUAAUAUUGUACAGUUACGUAUCCUUUCGAAAGAUCAUAUAUUAUCAUGAAAGUAAGUAAGUAAUUAAUAAUUAACAAAAUGUACAUUGAGAGAAUUAUCUCUUGAUCUGCAAAUGGUAUUUUGAUGCUAAUUAUUUUUCUAAUCGUUAAUAUGAUGGCAUUUAUCUAUCGCUCUGUCGCUGAAAUAAUUUGAAAAAUAAUUGGAAGAAAAGAAAAAAAAGGAACGAUUUAAUAACGAUUGCGUUAUUUAAACAUAAGAUACUAUGUAGUUGUUGUUAAAGUGAAAAAAAAAAGCUCAUUGGCAUAAAUUAUUUGUUAAUUCAUACUGCUGUAAAACAUCUAUGUCUUCUUAUUUAUUUGUCAGUGUGUGUAAGUUAUAUGUAUGAAUCAUCAACGAGAACUGAAAUAACAUCUUUAUUUUUUCAUCUUA